UUGCAGAUAUUUGUUAGAACGAGUGGCUUGAAAUCGCAUUCGUUGGAUUCUGAUGACUACAAUAUCAGUAAUGAUCAUGAUGAUACUGAUAAUGAAGAUUUAUUUGCAAGUGCACAGAUAAGUUUCUUGAAAAAUAAUUUGGUGCCAGUGACGAUUUUUGAUGGAUAUAAUGAUUUGAUCAGUAUUGUUUGGAAUGCUGAUGGACAACUUCUGCCUCUCUUUGAUAUAAAUCUUAUUUCUCGUCAAUAUUAUGGUUACGUCCCUUUGAUAAGUGGAUUAUCAAUAACUAUUGAUAUUAUGGGUACCAUAUCUGUAGCCACAAUGGGUUCAGCCAAAGUCAGCUUUUGGAAUAAAGAUGCGAAGUUGGAAGUUGAUACCAAUUUAUCAACCAAACUUGAGGGAAGUAUUAGUUUAUCAUCUGAUAACAAUUUACUCCGAAAAGCUACUGCCACACACUCUGCGACUGGAACAGUGAGCGUUCGUUUUGACACGGAUUUUCUAACAGUACCUCACAUAUUUUGUUAUAUUCUUUCUCAAUCCUCAUUCUUUACAAGGUAUUUGUAA